CCACCAUCAUCAGAGGGAGGACGAGCAUCGGAGCGCGUGUUUCCACAUGUGAAGGUUGCAGAACAGAGGGCGAGAUAAGAGCUGCAGGCUGUGGGUGACCGUUUGAUUUGCGCAACUGCAUAAAGGAUGUGUCCUUUCAGUGGAACUGACUGAGUUGCAGAAUCACUACCACUGAAACUGUGCCUUCCUCCUCCUCCUCAUCCUCCUCUUCCCGCUGCUGCUGCUGCUGCUGGUCUGGAUCUCUGCGCAAAACCGCAAUACAGGAGACGCGCAAUAACGCAAACACAGAAGAGUCGUCGGGAGAAAGAGAAAGGCGGACAAGGCAGAGACUGAGGAGGCGCAGCAGCUGCAGCAGCUGCAGCAGCAGUCAGGAUUCUUCAGAGCCGAGGUCGGCCAUGGUCGGACGGGGACUCUGGGCGUGUAAACCCCGGUUAGGAAAGCGUGGGAGUAGACUCGGGGUUCUGCCUUAUUAUCUGUGCGCGGCUGCAGGGAGCGCAGCUCUGCUGGCGCUGCUCUUCGUGGACUUCAUCGAGUCAUGGGUGACCGCCAUGAGCAUGAGCACUGUGCUGGAGCCGCACGCCGGCAUCAUCCCCCCGCAGAGCGUUCCUCCUACCAGACCCGAGGAGUUCCUCCUCAUGCCCAGCCCGCUCGUGUGCCAGCGUGCCAAGCCUUAUCUCAUCACCAUGGUUACCUCGGCUCCUGCCAAUCAGAGGGCACGGCAGACGAUCAGGGACACCUGGGGGGGAGAGGUGGAAGUGAGGGGCCUCCGGGUCAUGACCCUCUUCAUGGUGGGCAUUUCCUCUGACCCGGGACUGUCCAAGUUGCUGGUGGAGGAGGCCCGGGAGCGAGGUGACCUCAUUCAAGGACGUUUUGUGGACACGUACUCCAACCUGACCCUGAAGACCCUGUCCAUGCUGGGCUGGACCCGCCGCUUCUGCCCCCAGGCUCACUUCAUGGCCAAAGUGGACGAUGACGUCCUGUUCAAUCCCAGUGCUCUCCUGCACUUCUUGAACAAAAGCCGCAACCCCUAUGAACAAGGAGACUUGUACCUGGGCAGGGUGCAUCUCCAUGUGGCUCCAAACCGCGACCCAGACAGCAAGCACUACCUCCCUGUAGGAGCCUACCCUCCAUCCGUCUUUCCAGACUAUUGCAGUGGUUCGGCUUAUGUCCUGUCCCGCUCUGCAUUGCUCAAAAUUUCCCUGGCAGCCUCUGCCUCUCCUUUAUCCACACCUCUGCCCCCUGAGGACGUGUUUGUUGGUCUGUGUGCUCGGACAGCUGGGGUGCAGCCCUCACACUGCCCUUUCUUCUCUGGUGGGCCAGGCAUCCCUUAUGGCCGCUGCUGCUAUAAGGCCAUGGUGUCCAUCCAUCACAUCUCGCCCAGGGAGAUGCUACAAAUUUGGCCUGACGUUCACUCAUCUCCUCCCUGCUCCUGGCUCAGUGUACGCGCUUCCCUGGGUGUGUGCAAAGUCAGGGCGAUGCUCGGGACGGCCCUGGGCCUCGAGCGAGGGUUGUAAGAGUGAGACGGAGGAGAACACAUGAACAGGCGAAGCUGUGCCUUGCUUCAAUGCUGUGAACAGCUCAAGUGCUCUUCAAAAUGUGAAGCUACACGAAAAAGGUGGAUGACCCGGCCGGUUGUACGAAGACCUGUCUUGUCUUUGAACUGACUGUUAUAGCUUCCUGACACACACACUGUAGAUGUAGGUAAACAACACAGGCAUGCUGAUAGAAAGUAAUAAGCAAGCACACCCUUCUAAGUCUGACAUCUACAAGCUGCUGCUGUCACAUAUGAAAUAUAUCACCGGGUACUUAAAUUGUAGAUGUUAGUCCUAAAAAAAAACACAUGAUAAUGCAUGUCUCCAAAAUGAACCCACUACAAUAGAUAAUAUCCAGUCACAAAAUUCAUAUACCCAUUAGUAGGUAAGAAAUAAUUAUUAACAAUAAUAAUAAUUAAAAAAAAAAACAAUAAUAAGAAGGAAAAAGAUAAGAUGUGUAACUGCAGGGAUUGAUGGAUCAAUCAGAGACAUUUAGGUCGUCUCACACCAUGGACAAAGUCAGUGUUUUUACACUCAGGAAACAGAUGUAAGAAUCCAUUAUGGUCACAAAUAAAUAACUCAGUAUCUUAACUAA